GUGUGGGCGAGGCUUUACAUGCAAGUCAAAUCUCAUCAGACACCAGAGGACACACUCAGGGGAGAAACCCUAUGUUUGCAGGGAGUGUGGGCAAGGCUUUACACAGAAGUCACAUCUGAUCACACACCACAGGAUGCAUUCAGGGGAGAAGCCCUACGUUUGCGGGGAGUGUGGGAGAAGCUUUACACAGAAGUCACUUCUCAUCAGACACCAGAGGAUACACUCAGGAGAGAAGCCCUGUGUUUGCAGGGAGUGUGGGCGAGGCUUUACAUGCAGGUCAAAUCUCAUCGCACACCAGAGGACACACUCAGGGGAGAAACCCUAUGUUUGCAGGGAGUGUGGGCAAGGCUUUACACAGAAGUCACAUCUCAUUACACAUCACAGGAUGCAUUCAGGGGAGAAGCCCUACGUUUGUAGGGAGUGUGGGAGAGGCUUUACACAGAAGUCACUUCUCAUCAGACACCAGAGGACACACUCAGGGGAGAAGCCCUACGUUUGCAGGGAGUGUGAGCGAGGCUUUACACGGAAGUCAUAUCUCAUCACACACCAGAGGACACACUCAGGGGAGAAGCCCUAUGUUUGCAGGGAGUGUGGCCAGAACUUUACACGGAAGUCACAUCUCUUAAGACACCACAGGAUACACUCAGGGGAGAAACCCUAUGUUUGCAGGGAAUGUGGGCGAGGCUUUACAUACAAGUCACAUCUCAUCACACACCAGAGGACGCACUCAGGGGAGAAGCCCUAUGUUUGCAGGGAGUGUGGGCGAGGCUUUACACAGAAGUCACUUCUCAUCACACACCAGAGGACACACUCAGGAGAGAAGCCCUAUGUUUGCAGGGAGUGUGGGAGAGGCUUUACACAGAAGUCACAUCUCAUCACACACCACAGGAGACAUUCAGGGGAGAAGCCCUAUGUUUGCAGGGAGUGCAAGCGAGGCUUUACAUGCAAGUCAGAUCUAAUCAGACACCAGAGGACACACUCAGGGGAGAAACCCUAUGUUUGCAGGGAGUGUGGGCAAGGCUUUACACGGAAGUCAUAUCUCAUCACACACCAGAGGACACACUCAGGAGAGAAACCCUAUGUUUGCAGGGAGUGUGGGCAAGGCUUUACACAGCGGUCACAUCUCAUCACACACCAGAGGACACACUCAGGAGAGAAGCCCUACGUUUGCAGGGAGUGUGGGAGAGGCUUUACACAGAAGUCACUUCUCAUCACACACCACAGGACACACUCAGGGGAGAAACCCUAUGUUUGCAAGGAGUGUGGGCGAGGGUUUACAUGCAGGUCAAAUCUCAUCAAACACCAGAGGACACACUCGGGGGAAAAGCCCUAUGUUUGCAGGGAGUGUGGACGAGGCUUUACAAGGAAGUCAGUUGUCAUCAGACACCAGAGAACACACUCAGUGGAGAAUCCCUAUGUUUGCAGGUGGACUGAAUGAGUCAUUAGCAUUAAGUUGCAUAUCGACAGCUAUAGGAAGCCUGUGGCCCCUUACUUUCCCCAAGAUUGUAAUUAGUACAGAAGUAACUGAUUAAACAAACCCUCCAGUCUCAUGAUAAGAGAUGAGA